GCCCACUGGGCUGAGAAUUGGAGAGUCUGAGACAGCCUACCUCCCCUUCUCCACCAUCUCAUCCACGCCAACGCCGAAACAGAGCAAAGGCCAAGAAGCCCUAGCCUAGCCAUGGUCGGUGGAGGCCGCCGGCGACAGUGACCGGCGAGGGCGAGGCGGUGCCGGCGGUGGUGGGGAGAGAGAUGUCGGUGAGGAUAAAGGCGGUGGUGGACAGGUUCGUGAAGGAGCUGAAGGAGGCGCUGGACGCGGACAUCCAGGACCGCAUCAUGAAGGAGCGGGAGAUGCAGAGCUACAUCGAGGAGCGCGAGCGCGAGGUCGCCGAGCGGGAGGCCGCGUGGAAGGCCGAGCUAUCCCGCCGCGAGGCAGAAAUUGCGCGACAAGAAGCAAGGCUGAAAAUUGAAAGGGAGAACUUGGAGAAAGAAAAGAGUGUCCUCAUGGGAACUGCUUCAAGCCAGGAUAACCAAGACGGGGCCCUGGAAAUCACAGUCAGUGGUGAGAAAUACAGGUGCCUUCGCUUCUCCAAGGCAAAGAAGUGAGAUAUGGGCUACAGAAGUUGACAAGAAUAAUCGUGGAUGGUACACCAAUAGUAGCAUUUUUUAGCCUUAGAUGUGAUUCAAGCUUGGGUGCUUCAUGAAAUCCUGCAGUGUCCAAAAAUGAGGAAAGAUACUCCUCUCUUUUUAUGGUGUAAGGUAGCUACCAGGCAGUGUAGUCUCUGCAGCCAUCUGAUUCCUCUUAAUCGAAUCAUUGAGCAUCAAAGGUGAUCUGAGCCUGCCAUUUGCGUGUCUUGGCAUGUAGUAACAUGGACUUAUAUUAGAUCUAGCUUAUGCCACAAAUGGCUUCAUGGCAACUUCUUCAGUAUCAGAGACACCUCUUCUGUCUUGGGCUGUGUUUAAUUCACACUAAAAUUGGAAGUUUAUUUGAAA